UUGUUGUUGCAGCACAACGCUCCAAUCCCCCAGGGCGGCCGUGGAGCGAUCCAGUUUGUCACUCAGUACCAACACUCAUCAGGACAGAGACGCAUCAGAGUCACCACCACGGCCAGGAACUGGGCAGACGCUCAGACUCAGAUUCAGAGCAUCGCGGCGUCCUUCGAUCAGGAGGCGGCGGCCAUCUUGAUGGCGAGGUUGUCGGUGUACCGGGCGGAGACGGAGGAGGGUCCUGAUGUCCUUCGAUGGUUAGACAGACAGCUCAUCAGACUGUGUCAGAAGUUUGGAGAUUACCACAAAGAUGAUCCAAACUCCUUCAGGUUCUCUGAGACCUUCUCCCUCUACCCUCAGUUCAUGUUCCACCUUCGCCGCUCUCCGUUCCUUCAAGUGUUCAACAACAGUCCAGAUGAGAGUUCAUAUUACAGACAUCAGUUCAAUAGGCAGGACCUGACUCAGGCUCUCAUCAUGAUCCAACCGGUGCUCUACGCUUAUUCCUUCAGCGGACCACCUGAGCCGGUUCUGUUGGACAGCAGCAGCAUAUUGCCGGACCGGAUCCUGCUGAUGGACACCUUCUUCCAGAUCCUCAUCUACCACGGAGAGACUGUAGCUCAGUGGAGGAAGGCUGGUUAUCAGGAAAUGUCCGAGUACGAGAACUUCAGACACCUCCUUCAGGCUCCGGUGGACGACGCUCAGGAGCUACUUCACACUCGCUUCCCAAUGCCCAGAUACAUCGAUACGGAGCAUGGAGGCAGCCAGGCUCGCUUCCUGCUCUCCAAAGUGAACCCGUCCCAGACACACAACAACAUGUACGCCUGGGGACAGGAGUCUGGAGCUCCGAUCCUGACGGAUGACGUCAGCCUGCAGGUGUUCAUGGAUCACCUGAAGAAACUGGCCGUCUCCAGCGCUGCCUAACCUGCUGCCUCACCUGCUGUCUCACCUGUCUGCACGGUUUAUUCUGUUAUUUAGCAUUUGUUCCCAGGAUGGCCAACUAAUAAGCCAGCAGAGCAAGUCAGCCUCCUCUUCUCAUCCAAUCAGCAGCAGCUUCUGAACGACGAGAACCAGUCGUGACGAAGGUUAAACAUCCGAUGUUGCUUCACAAUAAAAACAGCAAUGUGAUUUUCUUAUGUCAAGCUUUUAUUGUGAAACAGCAGCAGGAAGUGAUGUCUGUGAGCAGAACUGCAGACUUUUAAUGCAGUGAGGAACACUUUCCUUUAGUUUGUGUUAACUUCUGGAAACCAAAAGCUGCCUGGAGAACCGUAAACACAAUAUUCUGAUCUUUAAAGACCUCACAGCUGCUUUCUCUCUCUUUAAUCCGGCUGUUGCACAAAGUUCAAGCAGAUGUGAGUCUGUUUUAAGUCAGAAGAUUCUAUCUCCCUGAGGUCCGCUCUCUUUCUCAUGCUGACUGAUGUGAGAAGGAAAUCAUCAAGCAAAGAAAGAACAUAGAUUAUUUAGUGUUGAUCAUCAGAACAUCAACACAGCAGCUGUAGUUGUGGUUCUAGGUUCUACCAUCGUUCUGUUUCUUCACUAGAGUAACUUCAUCCGCUCACUCUCUGUAGACGACUGAAGGCUGAGUUUCUCUUUCAAUCUGUUGAACACUAAAAGUUUAUGUUUUCAUCCAGUUCUGUAUUCUCAUGUUUAUAAUUAAAAUCAUAUCAGCACUUUC